AUGGCUAUGUGGCUGUCAAGGUGCAUCGUGCUCGCACUGUGCACCCUGCUUUGCGAGGUUCAUGCCCGGGCAGUGUUUGCGCACUUCAUGGUCUCCAACACGGCCGGCUACCAAGUGUCGGACUGGGAGGACCAUAUGACGGAGGCCAUCAAUGCCCACAUCGAUGCGUUCGCCCUCAACAUAGCCAACGACGAGAGCACCACCGACACCUCGCUAGGCAACGCCUUCCUGGCCGCCGAGAACGUCGGCUUUUCCCUGUUCUUCUCCUUCGACUACGCCGGCAACGGUGCCUGGGACAAGGCCAAAGUGAUUGCCCUGAUUAACGCCUAUGCUGGAUCCUCCAAGGCCUACUGGCACCAUGGCUCUCAGCCCCUGGUCUCCACCUUUGAAGGUUCUGGCAGUGCUGAAGACUGGGUGGACAUCAAGAAGCAGACCAACUGCUUCUUUAUCCCAGACUGGUCUUCUCUCGGCGCCAAACCGGCUGCGGCCGAGGCCGGCGGAGUUGCCGAUGGUCUGUUCAGCUGGGCAGCCUGGCCGUACGGGCCUAACGACAUGGACACCUACAUCGAUGCCUCGUACCAGCAGUAUCUCGCGGGCAAGCCGUACAUGAUGCCUGUGUCGCCGUGGUUCUUCACCAACAUGCCCGGCUACAACAAGAACUGGCUGUGGCGCGGUGACGAUCUGUGGUACGACCGCUGGCAGCAGGCCAUGUACCUGGCUCCCGAGUUCAUUGAGAUUAUCUCGUGGAAUGACUACGGCGAGUCCCACUACAUUGGGCCGAUCUACGAUAUCCACAAUGACCUGGCCGCGGCCAGCUACGCGGCAUUUGACAAGGACAAGGGCGAUGCGCCCUACAACUACGUCGCUGGCUAUGACCACAGCGGCUGGCGUGCUCUGCUGCCCUUCCUGAUCGAUACCUACAAGUACAACGUCUCGACCAUCACCGAGGAGGGCCUGACUGCGUGGUACCGUCUGAAUGCGGCCGGGUCGUGCGCGUCAGACGGCGGCACGACGGGGAACACAGUGAGCCAGCUCCAGCUUGAGUACCCGCCCAAGGACAUCCCCCAGGACAAGAUCUUCUAUUCUGCGCUGCUGGCCUCCCCAGCAGACGUUGUGGUGACGGUGGAUGGCGUCAGUCUGGGUGCCGCCUGGACGCAUACGCCUAGCGGUGAUGCCGGCAUCUAUCACGGCAGCGUUUCCUUCACAGGGCACUCUGGCAGCGUUGAGAUCACCGUCACGCGAGGAGGCAGCACAGUGGUAUCGGUCUUGGGAGAGGAUAUCUUCAGCGGAUGCUCCAACACCCUUGGGAUCGAGAACUGGAACGCGUGGGUGGGCAGCAAGAUGGCUGGAAACGGAGUCUCUGCUAUACCGGCCUCGCUGGCCGACCAGGUCUGCGUUGAGGGCUGGGGCAAGGGCAACUUCAAUGGUCUGUGCGAGUUCACCUGCGGCCUGGGAUACUGUCCGGUGGGCGCCUGCGUGUGCACCAAGAUGGGCCCGCCGCCAACCAAGCCCAAAGCCACCGGCAUCCAGGGAUAUCCCACGGCCGGCGAAAGCCCCAGCUACAGCGGCCUGUGCUCGUUCGCCUGCAACUACGGCGGCUGUAUUGAGGGCGUCUGCGGCACUGCCAAGGUCCCUCUCACUAUCCCCACAGUGUCCCCCUUCACUCCUGAUACCUGCACGGCCGGCAGUGGCGAGGGCUCAUUCGCCGGCCUCUGCAGCUACGCCUGCAACGUGGGAUACUGCCCAAUCCACAACUGCACCUGCACGGCGACAGGUCCGCUGAAUGUCCCCAAAGCCGCAAACGCGAGCAUCCAUGCCGUCUCCACCGUUGGAGGCGACAGCGGCCUCUGCACCUUUGCCUGCGACCGGGGCUACUGCCCAUCUCCAACGUGCGUCAGUGACAAGGACAGCCCGGCCCCAGCCUGUGCGGACGACGGCACCGAUCCACGCCCAGAGUGUGCAGAGGUUGACGUGUGCGACUUCACCAAGUCGUACCCGACACUGGAUGACCUGGAAGCAGCUCUCGACACAAUUGAGCCGGCAUGCGUCGACUUCUACACGCUGGACGGGCUCGGCACUACAAUGGGCCAGACGCUCGACAACUACACGCACAUCACAAGCAGCUACGACUCCAAGUUUGACGACUACGUCAAGUACGUCAAGGAGGUCAUAAACAUCCAGCUGGAGGACUUUAUGAGCUCUGAUGAGCCUUACGGGCCUGGCAACCAGUUUUUCCGGUGCACAUACAGCAAAUCUGGCAGGAAUGAGACGCCCACCUCCUGCCCCGGUGAUAUUGGCAUCCAAUCGGGCACCUACACCGUCUACUAUGAUCUGAUCGAUCCCGACGGCUUCUAUAGCAACCUGACGGCCACAUACGGCAUUGAGCGGGACUGGGUGGUCUUCAAGGAGAGCAAGCUGGAUCUGACCUGCACGCCGCCAAUGGACAAGGGUGGCUGUUUGGCGUUGCAUCGCAAAUACGAAGGCUUCCCUGUUAAAGCACCUGACAGCGACAUCAAGGUCGCCAACCCAAAGGACAUCAUGACACAAGCCAUGCCCCACAUCCAGAACCUCACCGAAAACAUGGUCGUGGCGCAGAUCGAGCUGGCUCUGGGAUCGUGGAUGGGCCUGACAGACGACGUGGUACAGAGCUUCUCGAUGGCCGUCUUCCUCCUCAGCCAGGCCGUGAUCAACAUGCAGAAUGUAGUCGACGUGGCCGAAAAGUACGAAGAGGCAAAGAAGAAGGAGAUGAUCAAUGACAUUCUCAUGGGCAUACUGUUGGUAUUGCCAUUUCUGGGGGAGCUGGACGUGAUUUCCGACUCCUUGCUCGGCAUGUCUCGGAUCAUCACCAUGAUUGGAGAGGCAGGCAUGGGCGCCAUGACGGUCUACUCAGCUGUUGAGGACCCGACGAUGGCGCCGCUGACGAUUCUGGAAACGCUGCUGAUGUACGGCAUGAGGAAUCCGGGCGAUUUCGACCAGAUGGGCACUGCGCGUCGGGGCAUGACCGAGGACGAGAUCAAGAGCAUCGGCGCGUCCUUUAAGGAGCGGAACGAUCAGUUCCAGACGAUUGUGGCAAAGUGUGCCAAGGCUCCCUGAUGAAUAACAGGUAUAAUCAGUGUAAUAUAUAUUCUCCAGACUUAAAUCCUAUUGAGGAAUUCUUUGCCGAGCUUAAAGCUAUCCUCCCUGGUGAAUUCUUUCGUGGGCCCCAUUGUAAACCGCGCAAUAUUUUAGAUUUUCGAGGGAUCAAUGGAGAUUUAGCAUAUGAGACUCGUACGGUUGUUAACCACCCGUCAAGUCGUAG